GAAAGUAGAUUGUCAAUAUUGAUAGGAACAAAUGAGAUCUGACGCCUUUGAAACAGCUAAGAUUUAUCGCCUUCUUCUCAAGGCAGUCAAGAAACAUAUUGGGAAGGAAGAGAACAAGAGACAUUUUAUAGAAUUUGUAACCUCAGAGUUCCGCAACAACCAAAAUUUGUCUGAUGGUGUGGCAGUCCAACAGAAAAUAAAGCUUGCUCGUGAUUAUACUUAUCUUCUCAACAGUGUACACCAUCACAAGGAUUUACUUUUCUCAUACAAUAUUGCCGUGGAUAGAUCAGAUGAAGUAAGAAGGACUCUUGGAAAAUCUGCUUCAAGUGUUGGUCUUCGGCUUCCUGAGGUCUAUCAGCCAUAAUGAUUGGAAGUGUUAAUUUUUACAUGCACGGAGCAUGCCUUUGUAGUUUGUAUUACUGCAGAGAAGGGGAAACCAAAUUGAAGCUUACCUUAGUUUUCCUUCAUUAUUGGUAAUUACCAUCCCAGCAGAUUUUGUUUGGGUGACUGUUUCUUCUGAAUGAAAAAAUGGUUUCAUAGCUAUUUAUCCAGAACAAAGAAACUAAGAAGAAAAAGAGGGGUGAGAAAUUGAGAAUCAGAGUUGAUGAAUAAAUUAUAUCAUUCACGCAGUUGUUCAUUUAUUUCUAAUAAAUAAAUCCUAUUAUCUGAGUGAUGAUAGAUAUCCUUUCAAAUUAA